AUGACGCAAGAUGGAAAGGUCAACCGAUAUCAUCAGAGGAGUCUGCAGCAGAGACUCGAGAUGUUGUAUCAGAGAAACAUGUUUCCGCUGGCUCUCGAGCUCGCGCAAAGCGCGGGAAUGGACAGCAAACAGCAGAGCACCAUCUACAAGCGAUUUGGGGAUCAUCUGUACCAGAAAGGGGACUAUGAUGCAGCCAUGGUCCAGUACAUUCGUGCGAUUGAUACCACGGAACCCUCGCAAGUUAUCCGCAAGUACCUCGAGCAACUCCAUGAGCAUCGGAAGGCGACUUCAGAUCACACCACGCUGCUGCUCAACUGCUAUGCGAAGCUCAAGGACAUUGAGAAACUCGAGGCCUUUAUCAAGUCACCGGGCGACCUCAACCUACCUCGCGAAACAGCACGGGAGAUUGAUCUCGUGGUUGAUAUCUUGGUCGAGGAUUCCAAGAAUUACGACGAGGCCCUGAAUUUUAUCUGGCAGCAGGACCCAGAGACGGCGUAUUCGUGUCUUAUGAAGUAUGCGAGAGUCCUCAUCGAACACUGCCCACAAGACGCUACGCAGCUUUUUGUAGAUUACUAUACGGGAAAGUUUAGGCCAAAGCCAAAGGUUAUCAUGGACCUACCCCUAGAUGACACCGAAGCAGCUGCGGCUGCUGCUGCUGCUCAGGGAGGCCUCGCGAUGGGCGCGGCCAAUGCGAUGCAGAACUUUGCUGGCUUGAUUGCCCUUCCAUACCGAGGGGUUGGCGCGAACGCUGCGGCAGCGGCGGGCGAAGCCAACGGCAACGGGACAGCUGCGGCCGCGGUAGAGGAGGGGCCUGCCCCAGAGUACACUGCUCCGGCGCCCAGAACGGCAUUUUCAUCUUUUAUUGACCAUCCAGACGAGUUCAUCAUAUUCCUCGAGUCAUGCCUCGAGCCACCGGGCUUGAGCAAGUCGGACAAGACGGAUUUGUACACGACGCUGUUUGAAAUGUACCUACACAAGGCGAGCGAGAAGAAGGGAGAGCAUCGCGAAGAGUGGGAGGCGAAGGCCAAGAAGCUCAUCGCGGGGUCGGACAUACCUAUGGAGAGCUCAAGCGUACUCCUUCUUUCGGACCUAUCGGGUUUCAAGGAUGGGACGAUCUUAGUCAAGGAGCAGGCGGGCCUCCUUUUUGACAUUUUCCGGUCCUAUACGUCGGCCAAAGACACGCGCGGAGCGAUGAAGGCGCUGAGAAAGUACGGGCCUGAGGAACCGCAGCUGUAUCCGGCAGCGCUCGCGUACCUGACGUCACAGCCGCAGAUCUUGGACGAGGCCGGACCAGACGAGCUGGCGGGUGUGCUUGACAAGAUCGACAAGGACGGGCUGAUGGCGCCGCUGCAGGUGAUCCAGACGAUGAUGGGACAGGGAGGUGGAGAUGGGGUGGCGACGAUGGGGAUGAUCAAGCCGUACCUGCACGACAUCAUUGAGCGGGAGCGACGGGAGAUUGCGUCGAACCGGCGGCGGAUCGCGGCGUUCCGGACGGAGACGGAGCAGAAGCGAGGGGAGCUAACGGAGAUUAGCACGCGGCCGGCCGUGUUCCAGGCGACGCGCUUCCACCAGCGGUGCCUGCGCGGGGGCGGGGCGGGUCCGGAGGCGGAGUGUCCGCUGUGCGCCAAGGACAAUGCAACGAUACGGGCGCUGCGCAAGAGCCAGGCGGAGAACGCGGACAAGCACGGCUUGUUCAAGAAUGAGCUGGAGAGGAGCGAGGAUCGGUUCGCGACGGUGGCGGAUUGUCAGUUAGUUGAUCCUCGUGCCUCGCCGACGUCUCGGGCGAAACUGGUCGACUUCUUCGCCAAGGCGCUCAUCGCCUUUCAAAACUCCCAGGAUAGCUUCCGGGUCGUUUGUUCCCUGCCUAGCCGGCAGACGGUAGGUGUCGCCAACCCGACUCCUUUGCAGGGUGCUACAAGCAAGGACUCUAUGGUAACGACCACGUCGACAACUACGGCCCCAACUACGGACAAAGUAGUUACGGAUGCUUCGACCGGGGCAACCGCCGCGCUGGCGCCGUCGCUGGCCAAACCCAGCAGGCCCGUCGGACGCCUCGUGGUGCUAGACUCCUCCUUUAACCCCCACGCUCGCGCACAUGGGCAUGGCGGUAUCGGCGGCGUCGGCGUACACGACACCGGCGAGUUUCCCACAGAGGUUGGCCAUGAUCGCGACGACGACUACGGCGGCGACGGCCAGAAGAUUGCCUCGUCGAUGCAAGCGGCGCUGGGGCCCUUUUUCGACGAGGCGCGGCUGCGCAUCACGCUCCGAGAGGGCGGGGGCUACGGGGCCAUUGCGGAGCAGAGAGCCUACCUGGACGGCCUGGCCGGAGGAGGGCUCGAGGCGGUCGGGGGCCUUGGGGAGUGGGCCGGGCGUCUGGAAGCGGUGGAGGGGGAGGGCACGCCGGGGAGGAAGAGGCCGUUGCCGCCGGGGCGGUGGGGCGGUCGGUGA